GGAAUGACGGGGACAAGGAAGAUGAAGAAUCAUACAUAAUAAACAGAAAAGAGGCAAAGAGUAUAGUGUGUAGAGAGAGAUAGAAUGAAAGGGGGUGCGGGAGCAGGUUCGUCUUCUUCUUCGUCUUCGUCUUCGUCUUGGAGGGAGAGAGAGAGCGAAAGCAAAGUGAAUCUGAUGAAGCAGAUUCGAAGCCACGAGGUUGCGUUAGCCGAGCUCAAUGCUCUUUCUUCCUCUCGGGCUGUGUAUCAGAAGGAUGGGAACAUAUUUUUCCGUACAACAAUCCAAAAGGCAGUGACAUCUGAACAAAAACAACUUGAUUUGUCAAAAGCUAUGCUAGAAAAGCUGAACUCUCCUUGAUAUGACCUGGCCAACUUCAAUACCAAAUGCACAUCUUCUAGUUGUCCUGGCUAAAGUUUCUGCAGUUCAUAGCGUAUCCAAGUGCUUAGUAUUAUCUAUCUUCUUUUCUAGGCUUCGAUUCACUAUGUAAUAUCGUUGCGAUGGUGAACUAAUCUUAAUGCCUUGUUAUGGUGGGCGAUUUCCUUCCUAUGUGGUAGUAUCUGUACCUAGCAGUAGUUGUUAUUUUUGUUUUCUUUUGGAUCUUUAUUAAUAGAGAUGCCAUACUAUUUUGAUGCA